AGAGGAGGAGGAGCGGACUGGUCUGGAUGCUUGGCGAGAGCUCUGCUACCGCCUUUCCCUCAAACACACCACAAGUUUUCCUGAGCAAAGUUUCGCGGAAAGGACUUCGACUGAAACUAAACUGCAACGGGGAUGGAUCUACCGAACGCCUGCUUGUGCUGUUUGUUCCUCAGCAUUUUGGGGGGUUUGACCAUUGGACUGGAGAUAAUAUCCUCAGGGCCGACAUCCAUUGAGAAAGCCAGCGGUGAAAGUGUAAAACUAGAAUUCAUGUUCAGUUUAGGCCCAGAGGAUUCUGGGCCACUGGAUAUUGAAUGGAGCCUUCUGUCCUCAGACAACCAGAAGGAAGAUAAAGUGGUGAUCCUGUACUCGGGCGACAGGGCCUAUGAGGACUACUAUGCCCCAUUGAAGGGUCGAGUACACUUCAAUUCACCCGACCCCAAGAAUGGCGAUGCCUCCAUCAACCUCUCAGGCCUGAAGUCGUCGGACUCUGGCACUUACCAGUGUAAAGUGAAGAAGGCUCCUGGCAUCCGCAGCAGAAAAAUGCUACUGAUUGUCAUGGUGAAGCCCUCCAAACCGAGAUGCUACGCUGAAGGAGUCACCCAGGAGGGCAAAGACAUUGUAUUAAGGUGUACAUCCAAUGAGGGCACCAAACCCAUCCAGUACAGCUGGGAAAAGACCAGUAACGGAAAAGUGCUGCCUGCCUCCGGUGUGAUCGACCCAGUGGGAGGUACCAUCAAUGUGAGGAACGCAUCUGCCAGCGCAUCUGGCACCUACCGCUGUACUGCCACCAACCGGGUCGGGACCGAGGACUGUAUACUCUAUCUCAAUGUCACACCUCCUCCCAAUACCGCUGGCAUCGUCGCAGGAGCCAUAAUAGCUGUACUGCUGAUCCUCAUCAUUAUUGCCGUCAUACUCUUCUGCUGCUGCCGUGCCCGACACAGGAAGAAGUAUGAGAAAGAAAUCUGCAAUGAGAUAAGAGAGGACGUGCCGCCUCCCAAGAGUCGCGUUUCGACGGCGCGCAGCUUCACGGUGGGCAGCCAGCGCUCCUCUCUGGGCUCCAUGUCACCUUCAAACCUGCACGAGUACGCCCUGAAGCCCCAGUACGACAAGAUCCCCUCGUCUGAAGAAGACAGACCUCCGAGCCGCCCUCCUUUGCCCCCACCGACCGCUCCCAAAAGAGCGGGGCCCAGCCUCAAUCGCAUGGGCGCCAUUCCCGUCAUGAUCCCUGCCCAAAACCGGGACGGCUCAAUUGUUUAAUGCGGACUCCUCUCGGCAAUGGGACCAAGGGGAGGUAAGAGAUGAAGGGAGCGGGGCAAAAGCCACUGAAGACGAAGUUUUCAGUUUGCCUGACUUGCUCUUGCAUACAAAUGAGAACUUAACUCCUCCAAUGAAGAACCGACUGCUGUGGUGCUGAGAAAACAAUUGAAUCUUACUGAAGUCACGCCGGAGCACAUAGACUUUUUUUUUUUAAUCAAUCAUAAUUUAGAAACAUUGAAUUUUACUUCCUGGACUUUCUCGCUGAAACACGAACUUGUAGCAGAUAGAAAUUUAUUGUAUAUAAUUGACUUUUUUAAGUGUAUUUGGCCCAUAGUGUAUGUUAAGAACUUAUCCAGACCAUCUGUACAGCAAGUUUGAAUGCAUGUGUGUAAAUGUCUCCGUGUGUGGUUAGUUAAAUCAGUUCAGUCAUACCUUGGCCAAAUUGAUUUGGGGAAUGGUAUCUGUGGGUAAAUGACACAAAGAAUUCUUUCAUUUGUGCCCACAGAUGCAAUUGUAUGCCCCGCCCCAACCGCCCCCAACCACCACGCCAUUCCCUAUUGCAGUCUUUUGGUUCAUUCGUGUGUCAUUUCCAGCCAGCAAAUACAAUUGCAACAUGCAAAAACAAACAAAAAAAUCCUCAAAUGUGCUUAGGUAUGAAUAAUUUAGCCUUUCAUGUAUGUUUGUCAAAUGUAUAGCUCAUUUGUUUUCUCUUACUACCUACACAAUUGUAUUUUAUUUCUCGUCAGCAAAAACUUUCUAGCAUCAGGCUAACUAAGUACCUUUGCCCAUAGUCCCCUAACCAGCAGUUUAAAAUGUCCCAUCUGGGAUGAGAAGGAUAGCAAUUGGCUCUCUGCAAGCUAGGGUGGUUUGGGGGGGGGGGGGUUGUCUCUUUGUGAUUGGCUGGAUUACCGCGUCUUGAACAGGCUUAAAAAACAAUAAAUGCUGUCUUCACCCCCGCCCCCCCCCCCCCCACCUCCCCUGCACCUCCCAGCGCCCACACACACGCACACACACACGACCUCCAAAGAAGGGGGCAGGUGGACAACAAGGUUCACUGAACAAUGAGCUCUGAAUGUGUUUGACGGCCAAAGCGCCAUAACUCUUAAGGCCAGCAUACACGCUCGGUAUAUUAACAGACCAGCGUUCAUUAUCAUCUGUUGCGGUAGCAGACCCCACCCCCAGCCCCACCCCCUCAUGUGUGCUAGAGCACACAUAAUCCUCUUUAUGUGCAGUUGCAUUCCAAAGAGCCAGCGUCUUGAUUAACCUUCUCUCCUCGCUCAGUAUGAGUCUGUAGCGUUAUGUGAUUUUUUUUUUUUUUAAUUUUUUUAAAUGAAGGAUGCACCCCACUAAGGGGAAUAUUUGUGAUAAGAUUACAGCAGUCCUUGUAUCCAUUUUGGUUUCAUUGUUGAGUUGUAACUUGUUGUAACUUAGCCCGUAUGCAACAAUGUACUGUAUAUAAAUGCCAGAUUGAAACAAAAAAAAGGGAGGGAGGGGGGGGGCAUUAUUCUGUUCGGAAAGUUGGAAUACUUAAGUGGGCAAAUUGUGUACUUUCUGCUCCAGAGCCUUACUCUGUUCCUUCUUUUUGAACCUUCCCCUUUGCACAGCCCUGACUGCUGGCCUCAUCUGUGCCUUGUCGUCCCAGUUGUCGCACAUCCACAACACUGUGCUCGCGUACGUGUACCGGCAUCAUCCUUAAUGGUCGCUGCGGUCCACAAAAUGAUAUUCUCUCCACCGCUAAUGCUAUCAAUCCAUUCGGGUCAAGUGUCGCAUUUCUCGCGUCCACACUCAGUGCGUACAAGUUCAACAACUGAUUCACUGUCUUAAACAGGUUUCUCGUUUUUUGCAUUUACUUUACAAACAUGUCAUUUUUGUUGUUGUUGUUUUUUAAUUUGGUUAAACACUUGUGAUUUUUUUUUCUUCGAAGAAAAAUUUGACUAUUUUGUCCAAGUAUUUGUGUCUCAUUCCAACUGUAUGAGUGAUCCGCAGUUGCGCUUGAUGAAUCAGUAGAGCACAAAUAUGUGCGAGCGUGUUGUGAGGGCAUUAUGCAGUCUGAAUGUGGCCCCACGUAAAAUUUUAGUUUCUUCCGCUGACAAGCUACGGAGGUCUUAGUGGGUAGUCAUAUCUCUCUCUUCGCUCAAAACUUUCAUAACAACGAAUAUUAACAUUAUUAACUUUAGUUUUUUUUUUAAAUCUGCGUACUAAUAUUGUAUGAAGAUCUCCUUUUGAGUUUUGCACCUGUAUGAAAUCUAAUUAUCCAUUUUCGUGUGUAUUUUCGUGUUGUAUUUUUGGAAUAAAUAAAGUCCUCCAGACACAAAAACAAAACAA